GCGUGUAAGCAAAGGGGCGGGAGCGAGCCGCCGGGGGGCGCGCGCAGCGGGAAGGAGCAUGUCUGUGGCCAGAGGCCAGAAAGUGAAGAUGGCCACCAAGUCCUGUCCGCAGUGCGACCAACAGGUUCCUGUGGCCUGCAAGUCCUGUCCCUGCGGAUACAUAUUUAUUAGCAGAAAGCUUCUACACGCCAGACAGACAGAGCGGAUUCACCCCACCUCAGAAAACAGAUCUGAUCCCAAAAGAAGGCGGACGGAAAGGAUAAAAAGAGAGCGGAUCAACUACACGGUCAGCAGAGACCUGGAGAACAGGAGGCGGUCGAGAUCCAACAGCCAAUCGGAAGCCGUGCGCCGCGGCAGGGGGAGGCCGAAGACGGCUACGACCAAGAAACAGGAAGAGGAAAAAG